AUGGUGAGAGGAGCCGCCCGGCAGCGCCUGCCCCGCACCGGCCCGGCCUCCAGAGCUCCAGGCCCAGCGGAGAAGCCCUGCCGCAAGCGGAAGCCCAGGACUGAGUUUGCCCUAAAAGAAAUCAUGUCAUCAGGAGGAGCUGAAGAUGAUAUUCCUCAAGCAGAGAGGAAAACAGUGACAGACUUUUGCUACUUAUUGGAUAAAUCUAAACAGCUAUUCAAUGGCUUAAGGGAUUUACCUCAGUAUGGGCAAAAGCAGUGGCAAUCCUAUUUUGGGCGAACAUUUGACGUUUACACCAAACUCUGGAAGUUUCAACAGCAACAUCGACAAGUAUUGGACAAUCGGUAUGGGUUGAAGCGGUGGCAAAUUGGGGAAAUUGCUUCCAAGAUUGGGCAGCUCUAUUACCAUUAUUACUUGCGCACUUCAGAAACCAGCUAUCUCAAUGAAGCUUUCUCCUUCUAUUCAGCAAUUAGGCAGAGGUCAUACUACUCCCAAGUCAACAAAGAAGACAGGCCUGAAUUAGUGGUUAAGAAGCUGCGUUACUAUGCAAGGUUUAUAGUGGUUUGUCUCUUGCUCAACAAAAUGGAUGUUGUAAAGGACCUUGUAAAGGAGCUGUCAGAUGAAAUUGAAGACUACACUCAUCGUUUUAAUACUGAAGAUCAGGUGGAGUGGAACCUGGUUCUUCAGGAAGUGGCAGCAUUUAUUGAGGCAGACCCUGUCAUGGUUUUAAAUGAUGACAACACCAUUGUAAUCACCUCUAACAGGCUUUCUGAAACAGGAGCUCCAUUGCUAGAGCAGGGAAUGAUAGUGGGACAGCUUGCUCUUGCAGAUGCGCUGAUUAUUGGGAACUGCAACAACCAGGUCAAGUUCAGUGAAUUAACAAUUGAUAUGUUCCGAAUGCUACAAGCACUUGAAAGGGAACCAAUGAAUUUAGCGUCACAAAUGAACAAACCUGGAAUGCAGGAGUCGACAGAGAAACCAGCCAGACGGGAAAACCCCCAUAAAUAUCUACUUUAUAAACCAACCUUUAGCCAGCUAUAUACAUUUUUAGCAGCAUCAUUUAAGGAGCUGCCUGCAAACAGUGUACUGCUGAUUUACUUGUCUGCCACGGGCGUGUUUCCAUCAGGUCGUUCGGAUAGUGAAGGUCCAUACGAUUUUGGUGGUGUUCUGACAAAUAGUAACCGGGACAUUAUAAAUGGGGAUGCUAUCCACAAGCGAAACCAAUCUUACAAGGAGAUGCACUGUCUUCACCCUGGCGACCUCUACCCUUUCACAAGAAAGCCCCUGUUUAUCAUUGUGGAUUCUUCAAACAGUGUCGCCUAUAAGAAUUUCACAAACUUAUUUGGACAACCAUUGGUGUGCUUGCUUUCUCCAACAGCAUAUCCAAAAGCAUUACAAGAUCAGUCUCAGCGGGGUAGCCUCUUCACACUCUUUCUGAACAAUCCUUUAAUGGCAUUCCUAUUUGUCUCUGGAUUAUCAAGCAUGCGCAGAGGAUUGUGGGAGAAGUGUCAAGAUUACCUUAGAAAAAUCAACCGAGAUAUUGCCCAGCUGCUGACCCACUCACGAUCCAUAGAUCAGUCCUUUCUUCAAUUUUUUGGGGAUGAAUUUCUUCGCUUGCUUCUAACAAGAUUUAUCUUCUGUUCGGCUACUAUGAGGAUGCACAAAAUUUUCCGGCAGGAGACUCGAAAUUAUCCAGAAUCUUAUCCUCAGCUGCCAAGAGAUGAAACGGUGGAGAACCCUCACCUCCAAAAGCACAUUUUGGAGCUGGCUUCCAUACUGGAUGUUAGGAAUGUUUUCCUGGAAAACACCCUCGAUGACUAUUAAAAGAAACUGUUACUGGAAAGGGGUUUCCCUGGCCACAGAUUUUGAAUGGUGCAGUUUUAUAAUGUGAAAAUCAUAAAAGGAAGUACUUGAUUUUAUUUUUAAAUUUAGGACCAUUAUUUUAAAAAGUAAUAAUAAACAGCUGUUAGUUUAGCUGUUCCAUUCUGUAUGGGGUCAAUUUUAUAAGCAGAAGUUUUCAUGUCUUUUAAAUGUUAAACUAAAGAAUCACUAGAGGUUUAUUUCUGGUCUUGUGGCUGUCAACCACAUUUCCAACAGCUGAUCCUAAGCAUAGAAGUAUUACUGGUUACCUUUAGCCCACAUUUGUGGAAAUCCUUUAUUUUUAUACAAUUUUAAGAAAUUGGAAAAAAUCAAUAGAAAAACCAAUAUUUUAUCCCCAAAGAGUCUGGAUUUGAAAUGGUAAAGAUGGAACCACACAGUGCAAACCAACAAUAGCAAUAAAACAGAGUCCUUCAUAACAAAUAUAUUUUUUCAGUCUUAGGCAAGUAAGUAGACAAAACUGUGGACAAUUAAGUUGCAUUUGGAGCAGUGGGUUUGAAGUGAAGCUGUAAAGAUACUUAAUGCUCCCUAUAAAUUUGACACAGCAAUUUUAUAUAUGAACUUUGUACUGCUGGCCAAGGACACAAUUUCCACGCUGCCUGAUUGGGUAGACGGUUAGCAGAUUAACAAAUUACAAAACUAAGAAGGCUAGCCCCCAUCUCUCGCUGUAAUAUGGGUCACCUUGCCAUUUGUAUUGCUGCCACAAUUUUCCAGGAGGAAGGGGCAUUCUUCAUUUUGAGGUACUAGACAGAAAUUCUGACAUUUCCAGCAGGUGUUAUCCCUCCUUUCCGUGUGUGGAUGGAAUGUUUGGCUCCCACAGUGUUACCAGUCCCCAAUAGGAGCUGAAGGAAUGUCCCAUAUAGUGCUGAAUACGAGCCCUUCCUAUCACUCGUUUAUCUGACCCAUCUGUGCUGGAUCCCUGUGCCCUAGGAGAGAUGCUGAUGCUCCUCUUGCAGGUUAAACAAAGUGGGUGCUGCCAUAAAGCCCUGUUAAUGUUUUGCAUGCCCACCAUUGCAUCGCAGUCCUAUCUUUGAACCAGUAAAACUGAGGGGCUGUAAUUACGUGUGGCAGCACUGUGGGCUCCCUCAGCCCAUAAUGCUCAGUCUGGGUACGUUAAGGAGUACAGUGGCCUUUGUAAAGGCACUUACUGGAGAAGGCUAUUCUGACUGCUGGGAAAAGUGCUUUCUGACUCGUUUGGACUGUACUGCUUUCCUUGCAGAGCUAGAGGACCUCUUGCAACUCCUGACAGUGAAGGUGUGAGCAAGGAGAAGGAAAUGAAAAUAUUUUAAACUAUUAAGUGAAAAAGUCCAUUGUCACUGUUCCAUGGGCUGCUAGAAAAGAAGUGAAAGGACAAGUCUGAUCAGUGCUUUUAUGUUGAACCCCAGCCAUGCCUCUAUUUUUAGGUGAAGAAAAUGCCAAACUUGGUGACUACCGUAGUAUCACGGUAGGCCUGUUUGCAGUGCCAUCAUACAAGGUAUGAUCUAGUCAGCCGGAAUAGUGAAGGGCAGCAGGUCAGCACUGGUGGACACCAUUCAGCUGAGGAGAGCACAGUAUGGAACAGCAAGAAUUGCUGCAGCGUAGCUGGGAAGUUUGCAUGAAGGUUCUUUGUAGCUAGGCUGUAGCUUAUGCCAUCCAUUCUUUAAUUUCCCAAGUGUAAAAAAAUUGUAUGAAUGCUAGUGUUUGUUCUAAGCAGUCUUGAAGCUGGUAUAUUGAGCCCCCCACCACUUGGUACUGCUCUUCUUUGGACUGUGGCAGGACUUCAUUACCUGGGAUAUGGAGUUUAUUUUCAAGAGUGUGUGUUUGUGUGUGUGCAUGUGUAUUCUAGGCGUUUGUGUGUAUAUGUACAAUAUGCAUACAUCUACUGGCUGGUGUAAAUUGUAAAUAUGUAUAUAUGUAUAGGUACUUGUAUAUGUAUUAAAAAGAAUG